AACCCGGAAGUGGAACUGACAAGCUUCUUCAAUCUUUUCCGGGUUCGCGGUGACGUUAAACAUUCGUGUCUUCGAAAGAUGCAGCUUCACUUCACUAAAGAUGUUUUACCGCAUUCUGUCAGCGGUGACUUCCACAAUCUCAACAAAUUCAACGAGCAGCAAUUUCUACGUCUGGUGGAAAUGCUCUUCCAGUUUUUGUUAGAGCCUAAAGAGACAGAGAAGAUGAUGCAGCAGCUGAGUGACUUUGCAAGUGAACACAGGAUGAGUGCAGGCCCGCUCAAGAACCUCAUGAAGAGCGUCAUCCUUGUGCCACAGGGUGCGAUUAAGAAAAACCUGACUGGUGAGCAGCUAAAAGAAGAUCUGCAAACUUUAGGACUUCAAGAGGACAAGGCUGGUCACUUUUCGCACCAGUGGGCAGAGCAUCGUGCGGCGCUGUGCAGACUGGCCGUGCGACAAACGCUGACUGUCAACCGCCUGGUGGAUAUGGAAUGGAAGUUUGGCGUGACUGUCGGCACGAGCGAAGUCAACAAAAUGAGCAACAUCUUUUUACAGCUCAAACUAGUCGUCCAGAAGGGGAAUUCCACGGAAAACCUCUACAUGGAGUUGACGCUCCCGCAGUUUUACAACUUCCUGCAUGAGAUGGAGAGAGCCAAAGCCAGCAUGGACUCUUUUAGCUGAGUGUGUGUGUGUGUGUUUUCUCUCUUAGCCUUUUGUAUGUAUGUAUGUAUGUAUUUGUGUGUGUUUGGGCACAAUUGCCACUUUUGCACAAGCCAUGACACAUUUGAAUAAAGAUGUCCAUCCAUCAUCUGGA